AUUCACAUUUAGUUUCACACUUACACAGCCAUUUCAAGACUCGCGGAUAUUUGCAAGCAAAGAAGCUCCAGUCACAAGUCCUUCACCGGAGAAGCUAGCGCUUCAGUAAAAAUACAUUCUUAUUAAUAUUGAUUCUCAUCCUUAGUCGUUGUGUUUCCACAAGAUAUUGAUGGCAACAAGAUCUGUUCAACUUGUCUGCUUACUUAUUUUCUCUACCGCCAUCAUCAAAACUGCAUCUGCAAAAAUAAAUGAAUCAUUUAAACAAGAGAAAGGCAUAGAUCAUGCAUACUUCGUCGAUAGAUCAAUUGUUCAGAAUGCUUUGUCAAAAGGAGCAGUGUGCUUGGACGGAUCACCUCCAGCAUACCAUCUUGACCGAGGAUUUGGACAUGGAGUCAGAAACUGGAUUAUUCUACUCUCAGGAGGAGCAUGGUGCAGAAACAUCACAGACUGCCUGAACCGCUCCAAGACUGAUUUGGGUUCUUCAAAACUUAUGACGCCGUUUAUAUUUCUAGGCAUUUUCAGCAAGAGCAAAAGUGAAAAUCCAGAUUUUUACAAUUGGAACAAAGUCUUUGUAAGAUACUGUGAUGGUGGAGGGUUCACUGGAGAUAUCGAAAGCAUUGAUCCCGCUACCAAUCUUCAUUUCAGAGGUGCAAGGAUAUUUGAUGCAGUAAUUGAGGAUUUGUUAGCAAAAGGAUUAAAGGAUGCAAAGAAUGCCAUUCUUUCUGGUGGUUCUGCUAAUGGAUAUCCAGCAGUGUUAUACUGUGAUCGCUUCCACAAUUUAUUGCAUAAAGCUCAUAGAGUGAAAUGUUUGGUUGAUGCUGGUUACUUUAUCCAUGUGAAAAAUCCACGUCUAGCAAAUGUGUUUGAGUCACUCUUUAGAGAUGUGGUUACCUUACAUGGAUCUAUCAAAGUGUUACCAAAAUCAUGCACUUCAAAAAUGAAACCAGAAUUGUGUUUCUUCCCAGAAAACAUACAACAAGAUAUCAAGACGCCUUUUUUUACCGUGAUGUCAGCAUUUGAUAGUUAUCAGGUGGACAAUAUUAUAGGCUCAAAUAUAGGCGAAUGCAUUCGAGCCCGAAACUGCACUGAAAGUCAGAACAAUGACUUCAAAGAUGGAGGCCGUUGGAGUUAUAGAUAUUCAGCAGAUAAUUUCCUUAAUCUACUGCUGAUAGAGAGAUGACAACCCAAGAGAUUUGGUCUUUGAAAGAUAUUCCAAAAAUAAAGUUGGAGCCUUCCAAGAUGCUGCUUAAUUUUCACAUAUAUGCUUCCUUUCUGGAUUGCUUUGAAUUAGGUCAUUCUUAGUAAAAAAAUUAAAACUCCAUCAAUCACUUGAUUUGUGCUGGCGAGAUUUCUUAUUGAAUGAUUGAUUCUUCCUACCAUGUAAAACGUUAUCUUUUAGCUCUUGAUUGAUUCUUUGGAUUCUUCUUUCCUUGUCAAGUCGCUAUCUUCCAGCUUUUGAUUGAUUCCUCUUUCCUUAUGAUCCAUUGUCUUACUUUUCCUCAUGCGUCAGACAUUCUUUUUUUCCCUUUUCUUUUUGCACAAGUAUAUUGUCCUUCAUCAAUGCGAUCCUGCAAUUUUACAAGUGAUGUCAUCAUUAAAACAAGGCUAACAAUCUCCCUCUUUUUCAUGAUAACAAUUUGAACAUUAAUUAAGGAUGAUCAACUUAUGAUACUUCCCUGAUAGGAGCGUGUGGAUCUUCUCCCCUUGAGUAUGUGCUCCACCUGAAUUGAUGUUCCUCCUGAUAUAAUUCUUCACCCUCUUUUGCAUCAACAAAAAUAAAAGUACAGAAGAGAUAAUAACAUAUGCAUAUAAGUAGCCGGCUUAACCAUGGAAGCAGUCAACUUAAGUAAUUAUCUAAGACCAGAAAAAACAUAAGUCUACGCAGCAUGUAGUUGACUAGCCUACUGAGUGUUCAGAACAUCCACAAAACAUACCAAAAAAUAUAUAUUGUUAAAACAACCAUAGAAAAUCAACAAAGGAAUUAAGUAAGGUGUUGCAGAUGACAUCUUUCAGCCUGAUGAAGUUUGCUGUCAUGGAUGAUUGAGAUUCCAUCAAUCCAGUCAUGCACUUCCCUGAAUGCACCAACUGGCUCAUGUGCCAUUCAUUCCAACUUGACUCGAAUUUUUGAGGUAUCAAAUUUGGCUUCCUUUUAUAUUUCCCUGAUGUCUUCCACCAAUAUCUAGUAGCAGCAAGAAGUUCCUUCACAAUUUUAAAUUUUUUAUCUGUCCACCAAUCUUGCGGACAGUUCAGGAUCAAAUGAGUGAGAGGAUGAAGUUUUUGCCUUGGAGUGGGUUGUUAUGGUCUUGCCUUCAGUCUGAUGCUUUUUUACCUAUAUUCCUUCUGUAGAUAUGUACCCCAUGUUAGCAAAGUCUAUAGAGUUAUAACACUUAGGCACAGGAAGGAACAGAAGGUUUGAGAGAGAUUUUGAUGUGUUUCCAAUAGAAGGGUAAUGAUCAUGUUGUAUGGGAGAAUAGUUGGGUCAUCAAUACUUUCGAGCAUAAAGUAAAUCACCCAUGACAAGAGUUUGACCCUGUGUUUAGUGACUAAGAAGUAGGCUAGGAAUAUAUCUCGCUAAGAUAGAGUAGAAAAGGAAGCUCUUUUAGCAAUAAUAGUGGUAGCAACAAUGUGAGCAGGAAUUCUGGUUUCAAAAUUGAUAUUGUUAGGCCUAGUUGAUUUGGGAGAGGGUCAGUGGAUGCUUCAGCAAUGUAUUUCUUUGCUUGUUCAAUCGAAACUUCAA